AUGCCUGCACUCUCUGGUAAAGUGGCCCUCGUCACAGGCGCAUCGCGGGGCAUCGGCCGCGCCACGGCUCUGGCGCUCGCCAAAGACGGCGCCAACGUCGUCGUGAACUAUAUCGCCUCCGCCGCAUCCGCCGAGCAAGUCGUGUCCGAGAUUGGGCGGGAACAUGCCAUCGCCGUGCAAGCGGACGUAUCCAAGCGUGAAGACAUCGCGCGCCUGGUCAAGACGACGGUCGAUCGGUUCGGGAAGAUCGACGUGCUUGUCCUCAACGCCGGCCUGCUCUGGCAGAAGGGGGACCUGCUCAGCAUCACCGAGCAGGACUUCGAUACACUGUUCGCUGCGAACGUGCGCAGCCCCCUCUUCACUAUUCAAGAGGCUGCUCCGCAUCUGACCGAGGGCGGGCGGGUGAUGCUCUUUUCGACCUCGCUUGCCGCCUUUAGCGGAGUCACCCCGAAUUAUCUGCUUUACGCGGCGAGUAAGGGGGCUGUUGAGCAGAUGACCCGUGUGCUGGCGAAGGAUCUGGGAAGGAGAGGUAUCACGGUGAACACGAUCGCGCCGGGACCGAUUGGAACGGAUGCCUAUUUUGUGGGGAAUAACGAGCAGAUGGUGCAGCUUCAGAGUAACCUGGCCCCCACGGGACGAUUGGGGAAACCGGAAGAAGUGGCAGCUGUCGUUAAUUUUAUUGCCAGCGAUCAGAGUCAGUGGGUAAACGGGCAGACGAUUAGGAUCAAUGGUGAUAUGACUGUGGGGUGA